UCCAAAUUAACUCGUACACACAUAUGCUUGGUUUCUCUCUUGUUCGCCUUUGUCCUCUGGCGGUUGUAGCUCUUGUGUCUCGGCCCGGAAAGGAGGAGCUAGAGUAUCAGUAUAUACAGAAGAAGAAGGAAUCCUCAGUGAAUAGUACUGAAGAUCUGACUUGACAAAUAUACAUUCAUAGCCACCCGGCCAUGAAAGCUGCCAGGUUACUUCUGUGGGUGUUGGCGGCUUGCAGCGCACAUGUCGUCAUCUGCAACACCUCCAUCUCGUACGGAAACGAGACGGAUCGGUUAUCGCUGCUUGCAUUCAAGGAUGCAAUCAUCAGUCUCGGUCCACAACAAACCUUCAUGUCCUGGAACCAUAGCACUCACUUCUGCAAUUGGGAAGGUGUCCUAUGCAGGGUCAAGGCUCCACGUCGUGUCACUUCUCUAAACCUUACAAGUCGAGGUUUGGUGGGGCACAUCUCUCCUUCACUUGGAAACCUAACAUUCAUGCGGUCUCUGGUCCUCACAGAGAACACACUCGCCGGGGAGAUCCCACCCUCGCUUGGUCACCUACCUCGCCUCCAAACCUUCCUCUUGAAUAGUAACAUGCUACAAGGAAGGGUGCCGAGUUUCGCUAACUGCUCAAAGCUCAAGGUGAUGGAUGUUUCGAAAAACAACCUAGUAGGCCAUCUCCAUGCCAACUUGCCUCUUUACUUGCAAGUGUUGCACGUUUGGUCUAAUAACCUUACUGGCACCAUCCCAGCUACUCUUGCCAAUAUCACAACAUUAACCCAAAUUAACUGCCAAGAUAAUCACAUCAAGGGAAAUAUCCCAAGUGAAUUUGCACAUUUGUCCAGCUUGCAGCACCUGUCUGCCAGUGCUAAUCGGCUAUCAGGAAGAUUUCCACAAGCCAUCUUGAAUCUUUCUACUCUUACCAUCCUCGAACUUGCUGCCAAUGGUCUAAGUGGGGAGGUUCCACCAAAUCUCUUUACCUCUCUUCCCGAUCUCCAGAUACUUUUCUUAGGUGGCAACUUAUUUUUAGGGCACCUUCCUAGUUCAUUCACCAAUGCUUCCAAUAUACAAGCUCUCGAUUUGUCAAGAAACAACUUCACAGGAUUGAUGCCUACCACGAUUGGAAAACUUACCAAACUCUUGAGCUUGAAUCUUGAAAAUAAUGAACUCCAAGCACAUAACAGAGAAGAUUGGGAGUUUUUGAAUAGCUUAGGCAACUGCACGGAGCUACAAAUGUUUUCCAUGGGUUAUAAUCAUCUAUCAGGGCAUGUACCGAGUUCAUUAGGUAACCUUUCAAGUCAACUCCAGGAAUUAUACUUGACAAACAAUCAACUAUCAGGAGAUUUUCCAUCUGGCAUAGCAAACCUUCGCAACCUGAUUUUUGUAGCAUUGGGACGAAAUAACUUUACAGGUGUGGUUCCUAUGUGGAUAGGAACUCUCAAAGCUGUGCAGGUAAUAGGCUUAUUCAAAAACUUCUUUGCGGGAGCCCUCCCAUCAUCCUUGUCAAACUUGACUCAAUUGGGAGCUCUCUACCUACGCUCGAACCAGUUCACCGGCCGGUCACAUACCAUCAAGCUUUGGAAACUUUCCAAUGCUUCAAAUAUUGGACAUUUCCCGCAAUGAACUCCAUGGCAAGGUUCCAAUGGAGAUCUUUAGAAUCCCAGCAAUAACUGGAAUUGAUUUAUCAUUCAAUAGCCUUGAUGGACAACUUCCUACGGGCAUUGGAAAUGCCAAACAACUCGUGAUAUUGAGAGUUUCAUCAAAUAAACU